CCACCACAUCCUCUUCUCUCGUGUCGCCUACAGGCUCUGUCCUUCACUCACAAACUCCAGGACGGUGCCAGGGGCCGGGGCUGGGCCAUGUUGCCCCGUCCCACCACCCUCCUGGGCCUAGUGCUCUGUCUGGGCCACACGAUCCACACGCAGGCGGGGACCCUGCCCAGACGCUCCACCACGGCUGAGCCAGACUCUGUAAGCCCCCAGGGGUGGCCUGUGACCAUUGUGUGCAGGGGCCCUGCUGGGGUUGAGGGAUUCCGUCUGGAGAGGAAGGAAAAUAGGAGUGACUUCAAGGAUGAGGAUACUGUGUCUCAAAUUGGUCCACAACAGACAGAGGCCAGAUUCAGCAUCACCGCUGUGCAUGGAGACACUGCCCAGCAUUAUCAGUGCCUCUAUCGGACAGGUGGUCUCUGGUCUGAGCCCAGGGAUGCCCUGGAGCUGGUGGUGACAGAUCAGGCCUCUGACCCAGACCCUCCUCACUCCUCGGAGACACAGACGCACCCGCAGGACGCUCCCACAGGCCUGUCGACAGAGCAUGUUUAUAUUCUCAUCGGGGUCCCUGUGGCCUUUCUCCUUUGUCUCCUCCUCCUGGGCCUUUUCCUCCUCCAUCGUCAGCAUGAGAGAAAACGGGGGCCCCCCAGAAGCCAAAGUGAGGAGCAGAGGCCCCAGGAGAGGCUCAGCCCAGCUGUUGACGUCCCAGAUGGGACACCAGAUCUGGCCACUGUCUACAGAUUUCCUGAGAAGAAUGGAGAGGUGGAUACCUCAGCCCCUGCUGCAGGAGGCCCCCAGGAGGUGAUAUAUGCCCAGCUGGACCACCCGGCCCUCGCACAGAGGGCGGCCAGAGCUGUGUCCCUGCUGUCCACGGAGCCCACAGCCAAGUCCAGCAUGUACGCAGCCCUUGCCAGAAACUGACCCCAGGCCCACCUGGCCUCUGCACUAAAGACACAGGAGGGCACUCUUGCAAAAGCCUGCAGUGGACAUUUGGAGGGUUUCCCUGUGGAAUCGUCCCUUCCUGAAGUCAUCCAGUCAAUUCUCCUGCAGGCAAGAGCUGGAGUCCUGAGACCCCCAAUCAACUUCUAGGAGAUUCAUUCACCAUGUGGCCCCUCCCACAAUCAACUAGCUCCUUGGAGAGAAUGUGUAGCACUUGUUUCCAGAGACCCAGCUGUGGUCCCUUGGCUGUUUCCAGAGACCCAGCUGCAGUCUCUUGGCUGUUUCUAGAGACCCAGCUAUGGUCCUACAGUCGCCCAGCUGAUUCCAGAUAUGUCCUGUGAAUCCUUCACUGCCCCCAGAGAUACGUUUUG